AUGGUGAAAGUCACCUGUGCAGGAGCCUGUCAAGAGGAAUACGCCCGCGAGUUUUUGAUUUUUCGUUUAUGCAGGCCACCAGGAGGAAGCGGGCCUACCUGUGGGCGGCCAAUGCGUGGCUGCGCUGGGAGGACGAAGAGGGUGAAACCCUGGAUGGCAAAAAUAUUUUCCAGGAUCCAGGAUCUCCAUGACAGGGCCGCCAAAUGGUUGGCGGAUGCCGAGGACGAGGCCUACAUGCGCGGAGCUCGCUGGGAGGGAGGUGUAAGGGCAGACACCCCAAGAGCGCGGUGGAUCUGCGCUCUGAGGCGCGAGUCGCGACAGUUCGAGGCCGAGGGCGAACAGCUGCUCGCCCUAUACGACGUGGAGGACGUAUGGGGCCUCAGGGUUCUCUUCGGGAAGGAAGCAGGCCAACCUGACCUGACGGGGGAGAAUUGA